GUUCACGAUAAUGUCGGUUAUUUGUGGAGUGAACUGGUUCGAUUGCUACGAGAAGUGCAAUAUACGGCCGAGGAUAAGCGACGCGAUGCGUUGAUGGAGAGUUUGCAAUCGGAACGAAACGUUCGAAUUCUGAUGUCGAGAAUGUUACCGGACGAUCCGGCAAGGCAUUGUGACUCGGUGAAAAUCAAUGCUGCCUCCAUACUCAUAACACUGCUCGAGACAAAUUUCGUGCCGAAUUGGUGA